AGCCCCAGUCAUUUUGAAGAGUUUGCAGGUGAAAGGUGUGAGUUUCACUUUUUCGAAAGGAUUAAAUGAAUAUUUUGUAUUAUAAUGUUUACAGUGAAGAUGGCUAAAUAAUGACUGUCAAUAGUGAUCUAGUAUUUUUAAGUGACAGGACGGAUAACAAGUGGCAAGUUCACUUAAACUUUCUUGGAGACCGACAUGGAAGGAAAAACUAGUGACAAAUAUCAGGUGUUCAGAGCAGAGGCAGAACCAGGAGCAUACAGUAUGAUGCCACGCCUGCUCAAGACUGGCAUUCGGAUGGUGGGAAAAACGGUGGGAUGCGGGCGUAUGGCGUGUUUCACGUUCGUGGUGGCGCUGGUGUUCGCUGGACAUUACAUCGCCGGCGGCCGGUUCACAUUCAAUAGCGCCCUCAGAUUCGCGCCUCCUGAUUGGCUGACGCGCGACCCUGACAGCUGCCGGCCGAGCACGAACGUCGCCUUCCUCAAGACUCACAAAUGCGCUUCGUCCGCCGUGCAGAACAUCCUCUUCCGCUAUGGAUACGCCCACGGCCUGCGCUUCGCCCUCCCUGACUACGGCAACUAUUUCGGAGGGCCUGUGGCCUUCGACGCGGACAUGGUUCGCCUCACGCCCUGGUACGGUCUCGGGGUCAACAUCUUCGCCAUACACACCAAGUGGGACUUCGAGCAGGUUAAAAGCGUGAUGCCCAAUGACACUGUAUACAUCUCCAUCAUCAGGGAACCGAGCGAACUGUUCGAGUCGCUUUAUACCUACGCUGAGUUCGAGAAGUUUUACAAGAAAACACUGGAGGAAUUCGUAGAGUCGGAAGAUGUAGAUGGCACGAGAUACCGAAAAUAUCUGUGGUAUAAUCAAAUGGCCUGGGAUUUCGGUCUGCCGGCGGAAGCUAUGAAAGACCUCGACGCAGUGCAACGACUGGUGGACAUGGCCGACGAGCAGUUCGGGUUGGUGAUGGUGACAGAGAGGAUGGACGAGUCCCUGGUGUUGCUCAGUCACUUCCUCUGCUGGGAUCUGAGUGACGUUGUUGUGCUUAAAGUCAACGCAAGGAGUUCAAAGUUCAGGACAAACCUGAGCGCCGAGACACAAGCAACCCUCAAAAGGAAGCUGGCGCCAGACUACCUUCUGUACGACCACUUCGUCAGGAAGUUCGACCGGCUGGUGGAGCUCUUCGGCAGAGAGAGGAUGGAUAAGGAGGUUGCUAAGUUAAGGAACCACAUGGAGGAGCUCUUGCAGAAAUGUAACUUCCUGAAGAAAAAAUCUGUAGACAUGAAGGGACCUAAUAAACCGUGGUCUGGAAUGGUCGAAGGCUACAAACCGGACUCCAACAACAGAUCCUGUGAGCAAUUCUCGCAAUCUGAGAUCUCUUUCAUAAACCUCCUUCGUGGACGCCAGAAAACGGAAGCUUUGCAAAGGUUCGGAAGAGGCUCUGCUCUUGGUCUCGACGCCCUCCCCCUAGGCGCUGAAGCCCUGGGAAGCUCCGCAAGCAUGAUGGAGAGAAUUAACCAACUUAAGAAGAAAUUAGUCUACAAGGAGGGUUCCGAAGGAGGGGGAGGGGAAGGGGGAGGGGAUCAGGACGGCCAAACGACUGUUCGUUAAUUCCUUAAUCUUCCUCAACGUCAUUACGAGGGGAGGAUAACCCAACAAAAGAAAAAAUAAAUAAUUUUACGCUUGGAUCAUCCUUGGUCCAUUUUCGAAAGCUAGAGUGACUGGAAGGUAGUAUUUUUGCGUGUUUGCGUGAGGUUGUUUCCCUCAAUGGCACAUUUUAUAUAUUUGAUCUCUAUGUAUGAUUUCGAGCAAUAUAGGUAUGUAUAUUUGUAUAUUUAUACAAAUAAACGCACACACACACGCACACACACACACACACAUGUAUGCAUAUACA